AUGGCAGCGGCAUUUACAUCUGCAACCACAUUCAGACUGUCAAACGUUGGAGAAAUCAAAGGUUUGAACCUCCGUAACCCUAAUCCUAAUUACCUGAAGCUUAGGACGCGGGGGUUUGGGUUUGGCGGUUGUGGUGGAGUGGCAGUGAGUGUGAGAGAAGGGAAAGUUGGAAGGAGUUUGACGGUUCGGGCGACUUCUUCUUCUUCGGGGGAGGAUGCAAAUGUUCAGGCGAAAGUGACUCAGAAAGUGUUCCUUGACAUCGGUAUUGGAAAUCCAGUUGGGAAGCUUGUGGGACGGAUUGUGAUUGGACUGUACGGCGACGAUGUUCCCCAAACAGCUGAGAACUUCCGCGCCCUCUGCACUGGAGAGAAGGGCUUCGGCUAUAAGGGCUCUACCUUCCAUCGUGUCAUCAAGGAUUUCAUGAUUCAAGGAGGCGAUUUUGACAAAGGAAAUGGAACUGGAGGCAAAAGUAUAUAUGGUCGCACUUUCAAAGAUGAAAAUUUUAAUUUGUCUCAUACUGGACCCGGAGUUGUUAGCAUGGCAAAUGCAGGUCCCAACACGAAUGGGAGUCAGUUUUUCAUAUGCACUGUCAAGACACCAUGGUUGGAUCAGAGGCAUGUUGUAUUUGGCCAAGUUUUGGAAGGCAUGGACAUUGUUAGGUUGAUCGAAUCUCAGGAGACAGAUAGGGGUGACCGUCCUAGAAAAAAGGUGACCAUCAGCGACUGUGGUGAGCUUCCAAUUGCUUGA